CUUGUCAAAAUUUUCCUCAGGAGCCUGAGCCCGAUACGCAGGAUUUAUUUCACUGAGGUUUGCACCUUUCCAUCAAAGACUUAUGCCGCAGAAUCCAAGUAUGUCCUUUUAGGACAGCUGGGGUACAACAUCCAGUAAUUAUUGCGGGAUAAAUAGCAAUGGAAGACGGCCAGGAAAUUGCGCUGACAGAAGACCCAGAAGAGGUUUCGAUUUCCUUGGACGAUGAAGCGGUCACCGAGAACGGGGCGAUGCGCUCCACGGGCAGGGACGGGCUCGGCGCACCGGUUGACGGGUCAUCAUCCAGCGACGGUCAAGUCCCCGAGGUCAUACGGGAAAUCGAGACGAAACUAGGCCAGGCCAAGUCGGCAGUCUGGAAGUCGCUGGAGAGAAAGGCUAUCUACAUACAGUGCUAUUUUGUCACAAUUGCCUGCAUUCUUGGGACAGGAAUCCUUGGGCUCCCUGUUACUCUCUCCCACUCUGGCCUCUCUCCGUUCCUCGUUUCCUUCAUUGUUGGCUUCUUCAUGCAGGCUCUCCUGAUCUACUUCUUCACCGACAUCCUCCAGAGGGCACACGCAUGCCAAAUAGAACGGCACAAGGUACCCAAUGCUAUUUGCAGUGAGGAGGUCAAUGUUCCACUACAAGAUAUGAUGUCAGACGAAUCGGGGGAAGACGGCUCAGGAAGCGAGAGCAAUCCCACGGAGAGGAACAUCCCCGCCUCCCUGGGCAAGCCACCGACCCCCAACCUGCAUAUGCUGGGCAGUCUCUUCCUGCAGAGGGGCCUCAGGCAGGCCUUUGAUGUUGUGCUGCUCCUUCAAUUUGUGUCUAUACUCAUCAGUUACGCCUUGGCCGGCAGCGAAGCAUACGCACAAGUACUCAACAUCAAGUAUCUUUACGUCAUCCCCGUCUUUGUCUGGGUUCUCUCGUUGGCGAUAGUUUUCGCGCAGAAAUUUGUCCAGCCAUUCGUUUCCCUCCUAACCCUUGCCAAAGGAGGAGUUCUUGUGGCUACAGUGGUGGUUACGUUUGGUGUUGGUGCCAUUGUAUCAAACGAGAUAAACAACGACUUCAGUUACAUUGGGUCACCAUUCCUGAUGGGAACAGUCGCUUUAGGGGGCGUAAUUAAUAUCAUGCCGAUGCUGUAUGCCCGGAUUGAAUUUGAUAAAACACAGAUCAAGUGUUUCAUGUGGGCGGUGCUGUUGGGACUUGUAACGUGUACGGUCCUCAACAUCCUGUGGUGCUGGGCGGUGCUGGAUAUCGUACCCCAGACUGACUACUGCGAGGUGGUGAGUCACGUCACUGACUACGACAACAGCAGCGGGCUGAUGAUAACCACGACCUACACGUUGACCCCGGGCAUGCACGAUUGCCUGGAAGACCUCUCGCUGGAACACUCUGAAGAGGAAGGUGAAAUUGCCACAGUCCCUUUAACAAAAAUUCUUCAGACAGAUUACCCACAAUACUCCUGGGUUGCCGUCCUCAUCCAACUCUUCAUUACCAUCAGUAUCACGGUGUCGUAUCUGACUAUUGGAUCCGCUCUCGUGCAUUCAUUCUUAGGAUGGCUGGACGCACAGAUGGCUUGGGAUCAAAUCGAUCGCCACGUCAACACUCCGGCCAGAAGUUACAGCUUUCUCUGCUCUCAGAAGUAUUGCCGUCCGUUCCUUUCUCUCGUCGUCUUUAUUGUGAUCUUUAUUGUUGCUAUGUUGGACCCCAAGGGCUUUGUGACCAUGCUGGACAAGAUCUCCUCACUGCUCCUCAACACAGAGGCGGGUCUCUUUGUCUUCCUGAUGAUCAGGAAGAGCCGGUCAGAGAAAUACAGCCACCUGACGAUACCCUUCCCAUCAAGUCCUUACCUGUAUCCCUUCCACUUUGUUAUGGCAGCCUACUUCAUCUAUGCGGUCGUCUACGACAUUGUGGCAUCACUCAUUGAGAUUCUGAGCUGAGCUAUGAAUGAUUCAUGAGUGAUGAAUUAUUCAAAUUUAUUCAUGACUGUGACUGUUUAAGAGUUCUUUCUCUUUCCGUCAAAAGGAGAGCUUCCAUUCUGAAGUUGUCUGUAAAAUAAAAACAUGGCUACACAUAGUGCUAUGAAUUAUUCAUAAAACAUGAAUAUUCACGUUUUAAUAAUUACACGCACAGGAACAGCCCUUUUUUGAUAAAUGGACCCUUCCAGUUUGCAUUGUUAUCUAGUCUUCAUUAUGCUAUGAAAUUAGUCCUUGUGAAUAUGAAUGACGAAAAAUCAUGACUAUGAAAUUUUGUUAAUAAUUCAAGAUUCAAUUCAUUAAAUCAUGAUUUGAAUCAUAACAUGUUUUUCAUAGAUAUUUGAAAUUAUGAUUUCAACUCCAGGGUUUUUUACUCCUGUGUUGAAAUCGUCAACAAGGUUUGGUUGAUAACCCUGACAGUAGCAUCUACUUACGCUUAUUCGCUGGGAUUAUCAGCUAAUGAAUAUUCAGGAAUAAAUAAUGAAUAUUUAUAUAUGAUAUAACACAGCAUGUAAAGGUCACACCAUCACUGGCAGAAUUUAACCAUAAGAUGUCAAUGUUGAUAUAGCACACAUAUAUCAUGUACAUAUAUCGUGUAUAUGUAGCAUACAAAAUGUUUUGCAAUAAAGUGUAAAGACCUUGUAAUGUUUGAAAAUUGUAACUCAUUUGGAAUAUUUUUGUAUUGAUCAUGGAUAAUUGCAAAGCUUUUUUUGUUGGGACUGAGCAUGUUGUUCCUUUUUUUUUCUCCAGAAAGACCAAUAUUAUUUUCGAAGGUGCUUGAAUUUUGAGUAGUUUGCCAAAAGAUUUGACAGGUCAACAGUGGGCAGUUUUUUUCUUCCAACUUUGGAAUAUUAACCGAAUAUUUCAAAGGAACAUCUUGGGUAUAUGCUUCAUAGUUCUGGAAUAAUACCAGAACUCACAGAUAUUCUCUAUUUUUUGAUGGUAAAACUUAUCUGAAUUUUUUGGUUGUUAAAUAGAUUGCUUUGAUCAAUGUGAUAAAAACAGUCUAUUUAUGGCCAAAUACUUUCGUUGUAAUUGUUAUUCAUAUUCUCUACCCUAUCUCUUCAGUUAAAUACGAGACAAGAACAGAGUUGAGUGGCACAUUCCCUGAAGGCAGUUUCAGUUUUACUUUGACUAACUGUAUAAGCACCAGCCUGUUUUCCUUGUGAUUACUAAAACUGGUAGUGGCUGCAGCUAGCUGCAGACCCUGCCUUCAGCAUUGUAACUGCACUCAUUAGCCGUAGCCAAUGAAGAAAUUACUCUUUGGGAGGGAUUUGGAAUGUUGACUAUUCCCUGUGAAAGCCUUGGCAUGUAUGCAGCGUUACGGAAGCGUGUAGAUAUUUUCCAAGAACCGUGCAAUAAUAAGUAUAUAAUAACAAUCGUGUGUAGGAAAAAUGAAUAAUUUCUAUUUGUAAGUGUGAUGUAUGAAGUAGUGAUGUUGGUGGCCGGCUGCUCGGGCUCGGAGUAGUCGUACGAGCCUUGUUUGUGUUGUCAUGAAACAUGUCUGCACUGCGGAAUAGACCCCUCGUAACGUAAGCUAUUUUAUGUAGUUGGGUAACUGGUCAAGGAAAACCAGUUGCGGAUGUCAUGUAGCUCCAGAGCAUUGUCAAGCAGUGAAAAUAUGUGUUAAGCAAAAGUAGGUUACCAGCCGAGCUGCCAAGCGGUGUGUAUUUUGUUGACUGGUUCUGUGCAGAAAUAGUUUACGCCUAGCAGCUCUAUCAAGUCGGUACUUUGGUAGAAAUUAAGUCACUGUUUAACAGAUUUUAUUCCCAUUCACAUGAAAACUGUAUACUUCCAAAAAGGACCUUCAUGCAUGGGGGCAGUUAUUUCUUUGUUAAACAGUGUCUCUACCAUUUUACUGACCUCCCCCCGUCCAGUCAUCCUGUAAGUUACAUUGGUCUCCAUUAUACAUGUUGCAUUCUGAAAGUGGCAUUUCAAAUUUUUGAAUUUUAUCGGUAGAUGAUCUAACAGGGUAAGAAUGAACACACCUUGCUAUUCGGUCUGUCUGACAUGUACUUAGAAAUCUUGAAGUGUUAUUGCCAAGUAUGUUCUGUCCUUCACAGUAGCCAUGUUGUUGGUUUCAGUGACGGAAACUUGAAGUAACGUCUUCACAUUAUGUCCGAGUACUAAUAUUCUUGCUAUCGAUGUACAAGCAUUUGUGACAUGUAUAGAUGUACUGAAAAAUAAAGAAGUUUUAAGUACAUUCCAAGAAGAUAAUUAAUGGAUUGUCAAACAGUAUAAAAUCCAUCCAGUGGACACCUCUUUAUAAUAAAUGUGAUUUCAACGUGA